AUGACAUCCUACCUCCGCCCCGAGACCAUCUACGAAGCUUCGUUCAUCUCAGCUCGCAACCCAAUUCGCAUAAACAUAGAUCUUCGUCAUCGCCAACCCCCCAACACCACCGCUAACUCCAUGCCCGUCACCACCAUGCUUAGCAGCUUUCUCCGCUCUCCUUUCUCCGCCCUAAUCCACGCCCUCAUUCAACUCUCCGCCGUUUUUUUCUACCUAGCUCUCCUCAUAACAACCUGCUUCCUCUACAGCAUUCGUUACCCUCUCCUCCGUUACCCAUCUAACCCAAUUCCUAUCCUACCUCUCCGCCGCAAAUACGCCGAAGCACGAACCGAGCGACUCCGCGAACGCAACGAAGUAGGUGAGCGAGAGCGAGCCCAAAUGCGCGAAGCAGUGCGACGAGUGGCCUGGAAGAGGGGAGUUGGAAAAAUGGAUUAUGGAAUUGAUUUAACUGAAGAUGAGAAGAGGCACUUGUCAUCCUCCAAGUCCAAACCAGAAGACAAAUUCUCCAAAACAUCAAAAGGCAAAGAAUCAGGAGAUGGGAAUCAAGAGAUUGAAGGAUGGAUAGAAGAUGAGGUGAUUAUUCAAUCACCCAUUGAACUCCAAGAAUCACUUGAGAAAUUGGAAAAUCAAGCAGAUUAUGGGAAAAGGGCGGGAUACUGGGACGAAGAGGAACAAAUGAAAGCGAAAGAGGCAGCGAAGAUUUUAUUGAGAAAUGGAGAGGUGGAGGAAUUCCCUAGGUUUGAGGACAUGGAUACUCGGGAAUGA